ACCCAGAGAGAAAUGGAGCUUACACAAGUUGGUUUUCUGGAAGAGUUACUCGCUUCAAGAAGAGGAGACCCAUGGAAUACUAUGUCCUCUGGCUUGAAUGAACUCUUCUCUUCUACCUCUUGGAGUUUUGACUCUUUCGAUGACAACCUUUCAGCUUUAUCUACCUUCAAUCCUCCAUUUUCUGCACUACCAGCUCCAUUUAUAGACCCCAGACUUGAAUAUAAUUCCUACCCAUUUCUUGAUGGCUUCACAGGGAACACUGUUGACUCUGCACCACCACUUCAAGCUCAUGAAGAUGAAGAGCUUGCCUUUCUGGGUUUUGAGAAUCACAGUUCUGAGGAAGGAAAUACCAACAAUAAUGCCAGUAAUUGCUGCAAAAUCGAAGAACAGGUCAUGGAAGCUCCAGUUAUCAGCAUGGGUGUGUGUUGUGGGGAGAAGAAGCCCAAAUUGAAGAGGCUAGAAGGGCAGCCUUCCAAGAAUCUCAUGGCAGAAAGAAGAAGAAGAAAGCGCCUCAAUGAUCGCUUGUCCAUGCUAAGAUCAAUCGUCCCCAAGAUCAGCAAGAUGGACAGGACAUCUAUUCUUGGAGACACCAUAGAUUACAUGAAGGAGCUUCUGGAAAAGAUAAGCAAGUUGCAGGAAGAAAUGGAGAAGGAGGGUGAAAAUAAUCAGUUGAACUUCAUGGGCAUUUCCAAGGAGGCGAAGCCAAAUGAAGUAACGGUGAGAAAUUCCCCUAAGUUUGAGGUUGAGCGGAGAGACCAGGACACGAGGAUAAAUAUCUGCUGUGCCACAAAGCCUGGAUUACUACUCUCUACAGUGAAUACCUUGGAAGCGUUAGGUCUUGAGAUUCAACAAUGUGUGAUAAGUGGCUUCAACGAUUUCACAAUGCAAGCAUCUUGCUCAGAGGUGGCUGAGCAGAGAACUUGUAUUGGCUCUGAAGAGAUUAAGGAAGCACUGUUCAGAAAUGCAGGUUACGGUGGGAGAUGCCUGUAGAAAGAAGCUAAGAAUUAGCUGUAACAAUUUGCAAAUUGUGUAAAAGAAGCAAUUUUUUUCUCCCUUUUAGUCUGUUUCUUCUAAGUUUUGGAUUCAACGAAUUAGGGAAGUAGAAGUUCCAAUAUAAUCUUUCUGCAGAAUAAAGUUAAGUUGAUCGCUUCAUUUUGGAUCUGGAUUGCCUUGAAGCAGUUAAAACUUAAGACAGCACAAUCUGAUUUUAGCCUCAUGGGUUAGAUUCAUUUUCCUUCACCAUGGAAGUUAGGUUCAACAAAAAUAAGUCUCUGCAUAAAGUGUUUCCCUGAGAUAUGAAUGGAAUGCAUCUGUAAAUUCAAA